AUGUCAGACAGUGAUUCCCCAUCUUCGGCAGAGUCCGACUACCUCGACGACACGGCCUCCCGCAAGAGGCGGCGCACGUCGCGCGAGCUUGAAGCCGCCGACGACAGCGACGGCGACGACCUCGGGCACCCGACGACGGCCUUUUCUGCCAUCGCAGCCCCGUCCCGCGUAAGGAGAGCCGCGAAAAACGCAGACGGCGGGAAGCCUGCCGUGCCGCCGCCGAAUCGCAUUCUUGCCCCGACCGACCCCAACACGAGCUUCGCGGCGUUGCAGGUACGGCCAUGGCUUGUGCAAUCUCUCGCCAACAUGGCCAUCAAGCGGCCCACUGGUAUUCAAAAGGGCUGCAUACCGGAAAUCCUAAAGGGCAGAGACUGCAUUGGCGGUAGCAGGACGGGCUCGGGAAAGACGGUCGCCUUUGCCGUCCCAAUCCUUCAGACGUGGGCCCAAGACCCGACCGCCAUCUUCGCCGUCGUCUUGACGCCCACCCGGGAGCUGGCCCUGCAGAUUUACGAGCAGUUCAAGGCAAUCUCGUCGCCCCAGAGCCUCAAGGCUAUCCUGGUCACCGGCGGCUCCGACAUGCGAGCGCAAGCCAUUGCGCUCGCCCAGCGGCCUCACGUCGUCAUCGCCACGCCCGGCCGCCUGGCCGAUCACAUCCGGACCUCUGGGGAGGAUACAAUCUGCGGGCUGAGAAGAGUCCGCUUCGUGGUUCUCGACGAGGCCGAUCGGUUGUUACACGCUGCUGGGCCCGGCAGCAUGCUCCCGGACGUGGAGGAGUGCCUGGGCGUCCUGCCGCCUCCCACCGACCGCCAGACCCUGCUCUUCACCGCCACCAUUACCCCUGAAGUCCGCGCCCUCAAGAGCAUGCCGCAAAAGCCCGGGAAGCCGCCGGUGUUUGUGUGCGAGGUCGAUACUCAGAUGCUUGCCGUUCCGGCCACCUUGACGCAGGCGCAUAUCCAGAUACCCGUCACCCACAAGGAACACUAUCUCCACGUCUUUCUGCUCACCGAGGGCAACAAGGACAAGACCAUCAUCGUCUUCUGCAACAGGACCUCGACCGCCGAAUACCUGCACCACCUGCUCCGGCUUCUGGACCAUCGCGUGACUUCGUUGCACUCGAAGCUCCCGCAAAGGCAACGCAUCGACAACCUCGCGCGCUUCCGCGCCUCGGCCGCCCGAAUCCUGGUGGCCACGGACGUGGCUGCGCGAGGUCUCGACAUUCCCGAGGUCAGCCUGGUGGUCAACUACGACAUGCCGCGCGAUCCGGACGACUACAUCCACAGAGUCGGUCGAACGGCCCGCGCGGGACGCAAGGGCCAGGCGGCCACGUUUGUCGGGCAGCGCGACGUGGAGCUGGUGCUGGCCAUUGAGAAGCGAGUGGGCAGGGAGAUGGAUGCUUGGAAGGAGGAGGGCGUCAACUUGGAGACGAGGGUGCUUCGCGAUGCGUUGAAGCUGGUUAGCGAGAAGAAGCGAGAGGCGCUGCUCGAGGUGGAGGAGGGCAGGGAGGUGGGCGGGAAGCGCAAGAGGACGAAGCAGAAGCUUCGCGUCGAAUGA